AUGGAGGGGUUCCGGCGGGGGCAGCAGCGCGCCAUACGCCGCGUCCUCGCGCGCCAGUCGACGCUCCUGGUCCUCCCAACCGGCGCCGGCAAGUCGCUCUGCUACCAGCUGCCCGCGCUGCUCUCGACGCAGGUGGGCCGUCGAAAACGGAAACAGCAGCCCGGCCGUCGAAAACAGAAACACCCGCCCGGCCCUGGAAAAAGAAACACCGCCGCGCGGCUCUCGACGCAGGUCGCGCUCGUCGUGUCUCCGCUCCUCGCCCUCAUCGCCGACCAGAUGGCGUCGCUGCCGCCCGCGCUGAGAGGCGUGCUCCUCUCCUCGGAGCAGCAGCCGCACGAGCGGCGCGCGACCUACGCCGCGCUGCGAUGCCGCGACGCUUGCGGCGCCGCGGCCUCGCGCCUCCUCUUCGUCGCUCCGGCGCACUGCCUGUCCGAGUGGAGCCACAACUUUCGGCCCGCGUACAUGCACGUCGGAGCCGUGCUGCGCUCGCUCGGCGUGGACACCGUCCUCGCGAUGACGGCGACGGCGACCGCGCGCACGGCGGCCUCGAUCUGCUCCUCCCUCUCCCUCCCUCCGGAGGGUGUGCUGCGGGUGGACGAGCUACGCGCGAACCUCGAGGUCUAG